GAAGUUGACCUGAGUGCAGAAGCAUUUUUGUUAAACGGAAGCACACGAGAGGAGAUUUGGCAUGCAGCCAUCGUAGAUGCAUUAGGAGAAAAAUCAGAUAAUUAUUUGAAGUUGGUAUCUAAACAAUUGGUUGGAAUACUCCUAAUGAUAUUUGUGAAGAAAGCACACAUGCCGUAUAUAAAAGAAGUCCGAAAUGAUUGUGUGGGAGUGGGGUUGAUGGGCAUGAUGGGUAAUAAGGGUGGUACCGCCAUAAGGUUUCAAUUUUAUGAUUCGUUUUUAUGCUUUGUGAAUUGUCACCUGGCGGCGGAUCCAAACGGACUGGAAAGAAGAAAUCAAGAUUAUAUGGAAAUAUGUCGACGGAUGACUUUCCCCCUUAACACGAAUGAAGGAUAUUCUUCACUAUAUGGCUGGGUCGGCGAUUACAUAUCGCCUCCAGCAAAGUAUGCGGCUGCCGCUGUCGUCGGUAUGGGGGGUAUGGUCGGUAUACCCGGUAUCGCUUCAUUGGUUGAUACUUCUCCAAGCCCCGUGGGCGCAGGGAAUGUGUUAUCCAUAUUUGAUAACGAUCAUCUAAUUUGGCUGGGAGAUCUGAAUUAUAGGAUCGAUGCGCUACCGGAAUAUAAGGUCAAGGAGAUGGUGGAUAACAAUGAGCUAGAAGAUUUGCUCCAUUUUGAUCAGCUUAAUAUACAAAGAAUGAAGCAGCAGGCAUUUUCUGAGUUCGAAGAGGGUAAAAUCACCUUUAAGCCGACCUACAAGUAUGACGUUGCAUCAAGAGAUUUUGAUAAGAGUGACAAAAGGAGAAUACCGUCAUGGACGGACAGGAUAUUGUGGAGAAGUAUAAAAAGUGAAUGGUGUAAACAACUGAUAUACAGGAGUCACAUGGAUAUUGGGAUCAGCGACCACAAACCGGUCAGCGCGGUAUUUGAAUUGAAGCUGAGAAUAUGUCCACCCGAAAAAGAGGAUGAUGACAUGAUCAUGCAUGACAAUGUAAUUAUAUUGAAAGAUAAUGGAUUGCACCUGGAGAUCAUCCCAGAUCCCGUUGGCCAAA